AGGAACAAGGAAGAGGAGUGGCUUCCCAGAUGUGUGGAGCUUAUGAAGCCAUGGAGAGGUGAGGGAGCCAACCUCAGCCACAUUCAGCUUCCUGGAGAGAAUGGCCAAAGGGCGGCGCUUCAACCCACCUUUAGACAAGGAUGGGAGAUGGUUCCCUCACAUCGGGCUAACGCAAAAGACACCAGAAUCCAUCACCAGUGCUACGUUAAAAGAGCCCCAUCGCCCGCACUUGUCUCGGCAAGUGGAGGGGAAGCUGCCGCCCAUAUACAAAGUCCGGGAGAAGCAAGCAGUGAAUAACCACUUCCCCUUCUCCGUGCAUGACAAUCGGCACAGUUUGGAGAACUAUGGAUCCUACUUUGACUCCGGCCUGGGACGUAAGAAGAUCUCUCCAGAUAAGAGGCAACACUUUUCAAGAAAUUUUAAUCUCUGGGCAUGUGACUAUGUUCCAUCUUAUCUUGAUGGCUUUUCAAAUAACCAAAUAUCAUAUGUGUAUAAAGAAGCCGUGGUGGUCUCAAGUUUCAGACGCUUUCCACGAUGCUAUAAAGAGAUGUGGAACACGUUUGUGUUUCUUCCUGAGCGAAGCUAUACAGAGUUUUUGAAAAAGAAACCCAAAGUCAGGUUCGCUAUUGACAGAAAGGUUGUUUCUUCCCUGGAGUCCUAAUCCUUCCGGAAGAUUCUUGAUGAAUUUUGUAAUGUUGGUAUUUCAUCAGACAUCCUAAAAGCAUAUGUUUUCUGAUCCAACACUACUAUUUAAUUUUUUGAGUACUUUUAUGAUUUUUAUAAGGUUAAAAAUCAUUCAUAUCAUUAUGAAAUAAAUAUGUGAUGACAUACUCAUGUGUAAAUAAACUUUUCAGAUUGCCACA